AUGUAUCUCCAAAUAAUACAAUAUAAUAAACAAAUAUUUCUUAAUCUAAGACAUAAUAAUUAUUUGCAAAAAAACUUCAAGAAUAAAAAUAACAUAUAUAAAAGUAAACAGAAAUUAAAAUAGAAGAUAUAACCAUUUAAAAAUAGUAAUAUAAACAAAAGAAUACAACAAAUAUAUAUAUUUUUUUUACAUACUAAAAGUAAUUUAUAACAAAGUAAAAAUCAAGAAUUCGUUUUUAUGGCCAAAAUAAAUAACUUUUAACAAUGCCUAUAACUAUUAGAUAAAAUAAACAAUGAAAUUUAAUCAGAUAUAAAUUCAGUAGAUGAAGAUUUAAAUACGGCUCUACAUUAUGCUUCAUUAAACGGAAAUACAGAAUUUGUCUCAUUAUUAUUAUAUUAUGAAGCAAUAAUAGAUCCUCAAAACAUAAAUCUAUAAACUCCAUUAAUAUUAGCAGCAAAACAAGGAUAUGAUGAAAUCGUACAGCUCUUAUUAAAUGCAGGAGCAGAGAUAAAUUAAUUCGAUGAAUAUUAGAAUGGAGCCAUUCAUUAUGCCUCAAUGAAUGGACAUAAAAAACUUAUUGAAUUACUAUUGAAAAAAUCUUCUUUAAAUAUUUAAAAAAAAAAUAAAUAAAAUUAAGAUGCUUAUUAAUUAGCAUCUAAUUAAAGUAUUUAAAAAAUUUUCGAAACGUUUUUCUAUUCUUAAAUUAAUUAAUUUUAAAACUAACAAAAAUUAAUAAUUCAUUAAAUUCCUGAAUAAUAAAUGUAGUUAUAGAAUUAAUAAUAUUUGUCAUAAAAUUAGUAACUUUAAUAUUAACAAAAUUAAUAAUUAUCAUAAUCAAACUAAUAAAUAAAAUAAUAAAAUUAAUAAAUGUAAUAGUUAACUAUGUAAUUAUAAUAAUAAAAUUUAUAACUAUAAUAAUAAAAUUCAUAUUAAUUUUUAUAAAAUUAAUAAAUUUAAUAAUAAAAUUUAUAACCAUAAGAAUUAAUAUAAGUCAAAGUAAAAAAUAAUAUUAUGCAUAUAUUUAUUAAUUUAAAUGAAAAAAAGAAGAAAAUAAAUAGCAUAGAAAAUGAUAAUAAAAGUUCAAUUAAUGAAAAAACAAGUACAUCAGAUGAAUCAAAGAGUUCUUUUGGGACAGAAGAAGAAAAAGUAGGUCCUUAGAAUUUCUAUAUACAUGGUUUAAUAGGAAAAGGCUCAUUUGGAGAAGUAUAUUUAGUUGAAAAGAAAGGAAGUAUGAAUUUAUUUGCAAUGAAAGUAUUGUUAAAAUCUCAUGUUUAAAGUAAAAAAAAUAAAAAUAAAAAUAUAACAGCAAAAAAUCAAAUAAAAAAAAAAGGAAACAACUUAAUAAAAUAUGCAUUGACUGAAAGAAAUGUAAUGUCUUUAUCAAACCAUCCCUUUUUAGUAAAACUAAAUUAUGCUUUUUAAACAAAUGAUCGUCUCUUUUUAAUUAUGGAUUACUGUCCAGGAGGUGAUUUAGGUGAACUUCUUUAAAAAGAAAAGAAAAUUCCUGAACCAGUUGUAAAAAUAUAUUUAGCUGAAAUAAUUCUAGCAUUAGAAAAUCUUCAUUAAAGAGAUAUUAUUUUCAGAGACCUUAAACCUGAUAAUGUAGUCCUUGAUUAUGAAGGGCAUAUUAAAUUAACUGAUUUCGGUCUUUCUAAAGAAGGAGUCCUUGAACAUAUUACUGGAGCAAAAUCAUUUUGUGGGUCUGUGGCUUAUUUAGCACCAGAAAUGAUCAAAAAAUGUGGGCAUGGAAAAGCUGUUGAUUGGUAUCUGUUAGGAGUUAUUAUGUAUGAAUUAUUAGUUGGGGUUCCUCCUUAUUAUGCCAAUAAUAGAGAAGAAUUAUUUGAAAAUAUAUAAAAAGCUCCUUUAAAAAUACCUUCAUAUUUAAGUUAAGAAGCUAGAUCGCUUUUAAAAUCAUUAUUAUAAAGAAAUCCUGCUAAAAGACUUGGUUCAGGAAAAGGAGAUGCUUAAGAAAUAAAAGCUCAUCCUUUUUUUAAUGAUCUAAGUUGGGAAGAUGCAUAUAAUAGUAAUUAAAUAAGUGGAUGGACAUUUUUCAGAAAUUGA